UACAACCUUAAUAUAUUAUAUGUCUUACUUCACGUUUAUUAUCCUCCACCGAAAAUAAGGAAGCUCGUUGUACGACGACUCGGUUGCCAUGGAAUCAUACUCCAGGUUAGCAAACAGGUAUUGAAAAAGCAAACAUGAUCACGUUCAAAGUAUUAUAAUAAAUACGAGAGCAUUUCUAGCUAAAUGGAACAGUGGUAAAUUUGAAAGAUGUAUAAAUAUUUGGAGUUGUGUCAAGAGAGAGAAAAUUUCCGUGCGCGACUCAUCGAUCUGAUAAAGAAGAAGAAGCAAAAAGAUGAAGAGAAGGCGUUUCAGAGAAUAGGGAAAUGCAUGCGGGAAUUAGGGGAGGGCGACGGUGGUCUGUUUGUCGAGGGCGACGAAGAUGUUUUACGGUAUUAUUAUUAUUUAACUCGUGGCAUCGACGACACUUAUGUCGGAACGAUGCAUCCUGAUUUGUUGGAGAACAUCUUGAAACGCGUUCCAAGUAAAUGGCAAAAGAAGUUUCACGAAGUGUUGAAACAUUUGAUCGAGGAAGUGAAGGAGGAGUAUGUUCUUAAUAUAAAGAAAUCGGUGAUAGAAUUCGUCGUUGGUAACAAGGCGUACUCUGCGUUACAUCAACUUGUCGCUGAUGAGGAAGGUAAACAGUUCAAAGGAGUACAGUUCUCGCGCGAGCAUAAGCUCAACCAUGAAAUGAAAAUAUUAAAACUCGAGAAAAGAGUCCUGUUGUACUGCCCUCUGAUACGGCGGAUCGUCGAUUGCUGGCAUCAGGAAUACGGACGCAGCAAACUGAUAGACGAACAAGAGUUGUUGGCGUGCGAAACGUCGUACAGUUUGGCGAUUUUCGAGAGGACCAUUGUAAAAAUGUGCUCGAAAACUAAGGAAGAACUGAUGAAACAUUGGGUACCGAAAGUUCAGUCCCUCUUAACUAUGGCAUCGGAGAGAGGCGAGGUGCCACCGACGAGCGACGUUGCUCGAUGCCGACGUUUCUUCAAUUGCCUGGGCUUCAUAAUGGAGAAUCAAUUGCGAAAAGUUUGCCUACGAGCGAUGGAGAAGUACAUCGAUUUCCUUUGCCACAAAAGCCGUACAUGUUGCGGUUUUGACAUUAAGGUGACGGUACGCAACGCGAUCGUGACGUUCGAUCCACCAUUCAAUGUCUUCGUAGAAACGUUCUCGACGUUACUGAAUUUGCUGCGAGAUGCUGUCAGUCUGGUACCUCGUGUCGAAACGUUGUUGAACUUCGAGCACCUCGUCCCUGAACGAAGAUUACUUCAGCCGUUUUUCUCAGAGCAACGAAUGGCUCGACGAAUAAGCGAAAUCACGCGACUGAUCGAAGAGGAAAAAGUGAAUCCGAUAAUGCAGCUAGAAGAAUUUGAAAAAUACGCUUAUUUCAUCGACGACACGGAAAAGGAGAGGAUCAAAGAAUUCUUGAAAAACGACACCUCGCAACAUUUUGAUAAUUAUCGAGAUUUGAUCAAGUAUUACGAUCACUUGGGUCGUUUCAUCAAAGUCGAACAUCAUCGCACUUACUAUGCUGGGUUUUUCGUCGUCCAUCGUAAAGAUAUCUUGGACUAUAUUUCCGCCACUGCUUUUGCUAUUAAAGAUGCACUGAUUUCGAAGAUGAUCAACGAAUAUCAACAGAAAUCGCGAGCCGUAGGCAAUGACUAUCAGAAAAUAGUCGAUCGCGCGUUGAGCGUUCCGGCGAACACGAAGGAACUGGUGGAACUUCGGAAAUUUAUACAGACUACGGAGAAGGAAACUGUCAUCGAGUUGCGCCAACGGUUAAGGGAGAUUAUUAAAUACAUCGUCACCCUGUCGGACUAUCAGGUUCCAAACCCUGUUGAAAUAAAAAUUAACAAUUUCGCUUUUCAAUGGUUCGACAAACUGCCGGAAAUUUUCGAACAGCACAAGGAGAUCGACGCGAGUAAAAUCGUCGAGUUUCAGAAAGUACUUAAGAAACGGAUCGAGCAAUUCGAACGUGAUCUAGAUGUAUAUGCGAGACAGUGCGAUGAGUUGCAAUACUGGGGGAACAUCGACGAAAUAUUUCGAUAUAAAAAGAAAGCUGAACGAUUGGAGAACAAAUUGAUCGCCGCGAUGGACAUAAUCGACGACUUCAAUGAAGAAGAGAUUCUAUUCGGUUGGGAGGAGACGCAGUACCCGUUACGAAAAGCGACAGCAGACAAGCUGGCACCAUAUAAAAAACUGUACGACGCAGCCUGCGACUUUUUGACCAACUACGAAACAUGGAUGAACGCCAUGAUAGGUACUCACGACCCAGAAGACAUCGACACUGAUACAGGAACUGCCUAUCGUACAGUCUUCAGACUGGAACGAUCUAUACAAGAACCGAUCGCUAAAAAACUCGCCGAGGUCGUUCGAAUUAAAAUAGAAGAGUUCAAAGAACAUAUGCCUGUGAUAACGACUUUGGGAAAUCCGAACUUAAAGAGUCGCCAUUGGGAGCAAGUAUCAGAGCUUGUUGGUUUCCCUAUAAAGGUGGACGCAACGAUGACACUUGCUAAAAUUUUAGAUUAUGGACUCCUGGACUAUGUCUCGAAGUUCGAGGCGAUCUCGGAGUCGGCGACGAAAGAGGGAAGCUUAGAAAAGGCUCUGGUACGAAUGCACCAAGAUUGGGCGGAUGUCGCGUUCACUGUUAAUUCGUAUCGCGACACUGGCACCUAUAUAAUUGCCAGCAUCGACGACAUACAACUGCUUCUAGACGAUCACGUGAUCAAAGCUCAAACGAUGAAGAAUUCGCUUUACAUCAAACCGUUCGAGAAAGAAACUCUGACUGUGCCUGGUCCUCGACUUUCGGGACCGCAAGUAUACUGUUUUGUUAUACCGUGUAACAUCCUUUUUUAUCUUAUUUCUUUUACAUCAUUCCAGGAUGAUGAUAUGUGGACGACGAUGAUAAACACAUCGUUGAAAUACGCGUACGAGUACCUGGGUAAUACGUCCAGGCUGGUAAUAACGCCGUUAACCGAUAGAUGUUAUCGAACUUUGUUCAGCGCACUGAGUUUGCACCUCGGUGGUGCUCCGGAAGGGCCGGCCGGAACCGGAAAGACCGAGACUACCAAGGAUUUAGCCAAGGCAGUAGCGAAACAGUGCGUUGUGUUCAACUGCUCCGAUGGUCUCGAUUACAUCGCCUUGGGUAAAUUCUUUAAGGGAUUGGCGAGCACUGGUGCAUGGUCCUGCUUCGAUGAGUUCAAUCGAAUAGACUUGGAAGUGUUAUCAGUAGUGGCGCAGCAAAUUUUAACGAUUCAACGAGCUAUAAACGCUGGGAAGCAGCGGCUGGAGUUCGAAGGGACCGAUAUCAGUCUGGAUCCGACCUGUGCCGUUUUCAUUACGAUGAACCCCGGAUACGCGGGGAGAAGCGAACUUCCUGAUAAAACUUCAAACGUCCUACGUGCCGUGACAUAUUUAAUGGACUGCUUCCUGAACGAUUACCGUGACGAGAAAGCGGUGAAAGAUAUGGACGAGUUGGACUUACGAGCACAAAUCGAGGGCUCAUUCUUCUUCUCGUGUAUCUGGGGACUAGGCGGUGUCCUAAGUGUAAAAUCCAGGGAACGUUACAGUCUCCUGUUUCGAGGGUUCCUUGAGAAAACAUUCCCUGCAGAAUUAAUGGAAGAGUUUCAGCUGCCCGAACCAAUACAACCACCUUCGAAACCGUAUAUAUUCAUCAUGCCGAAGCAUGGCUCAGUUUUCGAUUACAGAUUCAUCAAAGAAGGCAAGGGAAAAUGGAGAUUAUGGUCUGACGAAUUAAUGGACAGUCCUCCUAUACCUCGCGACAUCCCCGUGAAUCAGAUAAUAGUGCCCACGGUCGAAACGAUACGGUACACGGCUUUGUUUCGACUAUUAGUGAGCAACGAGAAGCCGGUGCUAUUCGUUGGUCCAACCGGGACCGGGAAGUCGGUUUACGUGGUCGACUUUUUAUUGAAGAAGAACAAUCCCGAUGUAAAUAAGCCGUUGAUCAUUAAUUUCUCCGCGCAAACCACGGCUAAUCAGACCCAAGAUACGAUCAUGGGCAAACUGGACAGAAGGCGAAAGGGCGUUUACGGCGCGCCCAUUGGCAAGCGGUGGAUCAUUUUCGUCGAUGAUCUCUCAAUGCCGCUGAAAGAAGUUUACGGGGCCCAACCACCGAUCGAAUUGCUAAGACAGUGGCUCGACCAUGGAGAAUGGUCAAAACCGAUCACCGAGCAAGAACUGCGAAAUCUGGUGUUCUGCGAUUUUGCUGAUACGAAGGGAGACAGACUUUAUCAAGAGACUGCGGAUCUCGAGCAGUUGCGAGAAAUAGUCGAAACUUAUUUAGCAGAAUACAACAGCAUGACUAAAAAGCCAAUGAAUUUAGUCUUAUUCCGUUUCGCCAUAGAACACUUGUCCCGUAUCUCCCGCAUUAUCAAGCAGCCACGAAGCCACGCGCUUCUGGUAGGAGUCGGAGGUACGGGAAGACAGUCGUUGACCAGGUUGGCCUCGCAUAUAUGCGACUACGACGUCUUCCAAGUGGAAGUCACCCAGCAGUACGGGGUUCACGCGUGGCAUGAGGACGUGAAAGUGAUCCUGAGGCGAGCGACAGCCACCGAGCUCCACUCCACCUUUCUCUUCUGCGACACUCAAAUCAAACAGGAGAGCUUCCUUGAGGACAUUAGCAAUUUACUCAAUUCCGGAGAGAUACCGAAUAUAUUCACCGCUGAAGAACUGGGUGAGAUAUGCGAGCAGAUGAGGCAGAUCGACAGGCAACGAGACCGAUCGGUACAAACGGAUGGUAGCGCGGUGGCCCUGUUCAAUCUGUUUGUUCAGAUAACAAGGGAACAGCUCCACAUCGUGAUUGUCAUGUCGCCGAUUGGCAAUAAUUUUCGCAACCGAAUCCGAAAAUUUCCAGCGCUGGUUAAUUGUUGUACCAUCGACUGGCUUCAGGUAUCUUCCACUGAGCUUACCAUUUACUUUUUUAAACAAGUUUACGCGGAAGAAGCGGCAGCGAUCAAGGCCGAGUGCGACCGUGAUUUAGCUGCGGCUAUGCCGAUUCUGAAGCGCGCGGAAAGCGCCCUGGGCACUUUGACGACCGCCGAUAUUGCCGUAGUAAAAGCGAUGAAGAAACCACCACAAGGAGUCAGACUGAUCCUCGAGAGCGUCUGCGUCCUCAAGGUUGAAAGACCUAUCUUGCUAUAAUUAAAACUAUACUCGUGUUCCCGAGAUUCUAGGA